AUGAAGAUCAUAAUCAUUUUAGUUGUGUCAUUUAAUCUUGGCUAUGGUAAGUCCGGUUGGAAUUCUAUAUUUCUAUCUCAAUAUAUAUAUUUUACAGCAAGUGAAUAUGAAGCUCUCAAGAGAGAAAAUAGGCGAGAGCUACAGAAUAUUAUAAAGAAGUAUAAACACUUGUCUACUGGAAAUGCGGAAUUCUCUCAGUGGAUUGAAAAAGUCUACAAUGAACUGAAUAGACAAUCUGGGAAUAUUAAAGGAAAAAUGGAAUUAGUAGCUCAAUUUUACCUUUACGAUAAGGAACGUCAACGCCUCGAAGAUCAAAUUACAGAUCGUCUAUCGAAGGUUACAGAUUUAUUGAUCUACAGAAGAGGCGGACCAAAAUGUGUUCAGUUUUAUCGAAUGCAGGAAAGUGAACUUAAAAGGGCCUUCAAAUUCUCCAAUUCCAGAAAAAGGACAAAAAUCGAUGAAAAUAGUACUCCAUGCCCAAGGAAUUUUAUGGUGAAAAAAGUCAAGGAGUAUGAUGAGUACGACUAUUUAAACUGGCUUUAA